GCGAAGUGAAGUAAAUAUUAAACGCUUCUGCUCAUAUUUUCGUCGUCUUUCGUUUUUUCUUCUAACAGCAUAAACUUUUUGGUUGUAAAACAUAUGAUUAAAGUUAUAUUGAGGCAAUUCUAGUCUCUACUGGUUAUUUUAUUGUAAAGGUGUUUCCAUAAAUCGUAGCACAUGAUUAAUUCGUUUUGGAAUAUAUGUAGCACUUGUCCGAUGCCCAAAGAGGAGAAGACCUGGAAACUAUAUAGAAGAUUUUGUUUUAUUCUUUUUUAAAGAGUUGAUAUCCAUUUUUAUUUUUGAAUUCAGAAUACAAAAGGAAUUAUGUGUGGCAUCCUCAAUAUAAACCUUUGGCACAAGAUGUUAUUAGCUGUGCUCCGCAAUCAAUUGUUAAAGAAAUUGGAAUACAAAGAAAGAAGCAAUAUCCAGAACUGGCUUAUAGAAGUCAUGAGGUGAUAAGACAUGAUAUUGGAGCACAUUCAAAAUAUGUUAUCGAUUCUCGAGCAAGGAGUGAAGAGAGGGAUAAUAAUUUAACUUCAAAGUCAGGACCCAGAAGUCGUUCUGCAGAGCCUGGAAUGGAACACCAUCAACAAAAAUCUAUAAUGGUUCAAAGUUUUCCUCCGGUUACAUUUGGUCGUGUGUCUGUAUUGCCGAAAACAGAAGAAUUCCCUGACAUCAUUGAACAACCAUCAGAGACUACUGAAUACAAAGCACAGUUUUCGUGGCCACGAAAAAGCAGUGAAGAAAUGCCGUGCAUUGCUCGGAAAUCUGUGUCGAUGAACAUUAUUAAGAGUUCUGAAGAUACAACUGAUACUGCUGUGCCAAAAGUUAAGCUAGCCCCUGUUCAUAGACCGUGUGUUAAACACAAAGAAGCAACAAGCUUAGAAAAACCACUUCAAGAUACCAAAAAAAAAGUGAAGACUGAGUACAAAGCAAAGUAUAAGCCUUUUACUUCUUAUGUUUACGUAGAUGGUCAAUGGAAAAAAACUUCUAGGCUAUUAAAGGUUAUGGAAAAAGCUGAAGACAUUCCAGAAGAACCUUGGUUUGUAGAAGUUGCUGAGCGAGUGCAAAAAGCGAAUGAAUAUCGGUCUCGAGGCCACGGACAUUCAGCUUAUGGAGAAUUAUUACCGGACAUUUCUAAGCAACCCUCGGAAGUACCUCACCAUCGCUCUAAAAGAAUUCCUAAUGAAUUACAACUUAAUUUGCCUAAGUGUCAUGAAUCGACUUCUAAGAAAGCAGAUUCAAAGAAAAAAGAAACACCAUCUGAAGGAACUGAAGAUAAAAAAUUAGAAAAGGGAACAAGGAAAUUGAGGAGACCUAAAUCUGCUGAACCUGCAAAAGCAAAAGAAACUGUGAAAUAUAAACGCCCUGCUACAACGCCGCCAGCUAAGCUUAGUACUCAUUCACUGCCAUCAAGAAAAAAGACACCAAAAUCAGAAGAAUCUGAUAGAGUGCCCAAAACUAAACAGCCAAGAAAGCCUAGAGAGCAUGCUUCAAAGCCACCCUCAUCAUCAUCAUCAAGCGCUAAGAAGUCUCCGACGCCAUCAUCCCAAAGCAGUGGGGGGAAGGUCUGGCUGCAGGCCGGUCCAUCAAUUCCAGAAGCAACGGGGAAAGAAGACUCCCCAAUGAAAGAGCACUCGGAUGCUGUGAGGCCUUCCUCUUUGUCGCCAAUAUCAUCUGCUUCUGUUGCUCCUCAAGAACCUUCUGCUACGCAUAAUAAUGUUGAAAUACCUAACAAACCAGAAGACGCUAAAUUUGCUGUAUCACAAUCAUCAGUUGUACCAUUAACCCAUGUUCGAACGCCAGAAGAAGUAACUGGAGUUAAGAGUCCAGAUCCUGAAAAUUGGACUGUUCCAAUUGAGAAUAGUGAGCGAUUGCAAUGGAGUGGUGUGAAUACCCCGGAAACUCCACCACCUAAAUAUAAGGCACCAGAAGAUAUAGCUGAAAAACUUACAAAAACUGCCACACCCGAUGAAACUGUGCCUCUUGUGUCUCAAGAUACUGAUGUGCCACUAAACUCUGGUAAAAUAACUCCUGCUAAUGUAUUAGAUAGAGCUCGUAGUAGACUGGACCAAUUUUGGGGAAAAAACAAGUGAUUAACAGCUAAUAGAGAUAAAAAUAUCAAUUUCAAGGACCCAGUGUGUUAUGCUAAAUUAUUUGAUUUUAUUAUAGAUUUUUAUGUGUUAAUAUUUUUCCUCUCAGAUUUAUUCCUUUUUUGGUAUGCUUUGGUAAAAUCAUGAUUUAAUUUUGCUGUUCAACUUUUCUAUCAUGUCUCAAGAAAUAAUAGCAUUUCAUUAACCUAUUCUCUACAAUUUGAUGUUGUUUUUUUUAAAAAAAAGUAAAUAUUGCUUAAAAACUUUUGUUAGUAAAUUUAUUUGAUAAGUAAUAUAUAUAUAUAUAUAUUGAAUUAUUAAAUCACGAGGAAGAUAUCUCAAGCAGCAUUCACGAAACAUUAUAAAUUUUCUUGUUAAUGAAUUUUAACGUAAGAAAUUUUAUGUGAAACAGUAUUUGUUAUUUUAGAGAU